CACAGGUUUGUAGAAGACACAGUUCAACUGAGAAAACUUCCAAUGUGAGAAUGAAGAUCACUGUGCUUCUCUUGUUGCAGCUGGUCUGCUCAGCUCAGUCUACAGCGGAGGCAGAUGAAGAAAUUCUUGCAAAGCAAAUCGCGCUCCAGCAGCCCUGUCCACAGGACGUCCAUGCUGUGCUGAGAGAACUGACCGCCUCAGUGGCUCAACAAAAGGUGGAGAUGACGUUCUUACAGAAGGAGAACCAAGCACAAGCAGAAAAGCUGGAGAAGCAGGAGACUGAGAUUUCCAAACUGAAGCAACAGGCGGAAGUCAAACCAGUGGCUUUCUCAGCCUCUCUGUACACUGGCAACCACGACAUAACAAUCGGAACCUUCCCCCAACGCACAACUCUGGUCUUUACAAAUGUCGUCACAAACAUUGGGAAGGCCUACAACUCAAACUCAGGUAUUUUCACUGCACCUGUGAGAGGAGCUUACCAGUUUGAGUGGUACAUCGGUCUGCCUGGAUCUGCUUCACAUCCUACAGGCGCUGUGUUGGUCAAGAACUCAGAGCCCACUUUUCUUGCAUAUGGGCAUCACUCAUCCCUUUAUGGGACUUCUUCUAACGGUAUUACCCUGCUUCUAGAGGUUGGAGACACUGUGUUUUUGCAGCUGUGGCCUAACACAAAGAUAUUUGACAACAUAUUUCACCACACCACCUUCAGUGGACAUCUGCUUUUCACUAUGUAGGAGGGAAACAGUUCAUGAUUUUCUUCAUAGGUUUGAUUAUCAUGCAGGUUUUUCUUGAUGUGAUUAAUUCUUAUGUUGAAAAUCUGUACCAAUGUAAAUGUCUUAAUGUCUUCCUUUAUAUACAAACUGAAAGACAAAGAGAUUCAAGAAUCAUAACAAGAAUGUUUGAAAAUUAAAAUGUUCAGAUAUUUUCUAUCUGAAUCAUCACCAUCAAAAUACACUGGAUGAUUAACUAAUCAAACAAAUAAAAAAUCAAAUGGAAAGAUGGCGUAUUUUA